AUGACAGCUGUCAAGAUGAACUGGCUGAAUGAAGGUGUCAACUUCUGCUGCAUGGGGAGAAGGUGUGAGGAGACUGAGCACGCACCUCCUCCAGGCAGCAAAGUGUCACUCGGGUUCUUUCAAAAAGAUAUGUUGGUUUCUCUGUUGAUAAACAUUCUACACCCUCAACCUGCUCAUUGGCAGGAGCUGAGCUGUCCUGUAAGUGGGUGCUGUGUGCCAAUGGGGCCAAAUUGGCUUCUACCUUUGCACCGUGUCCAGAGAUCCUGGCAGGAAGCACUCACUAGCCAUGAGAGGGUACCAAGAUCAGGGCCCAUCUUUGAAGUGCGUGGUGUCCUGAUGCACUGGAUCCCACUAUAUCUAAAUCCGGAUCAGGUCGCAAGGAAGGCUAAUGAGCUGGAGCAGUUCCUGUUGUGCAAGUUCAAAACAAAGAAAGUCAUUCUGAAGAAGGAUAUGCUAGAGAUCAUCGGUGCAGAGUUAGAAGAGCACUUUGACGAAAUCCUAAAGAAAGCUUCAGUGGGCAUUGAGAUGGAGUUCGCAGUCAAAGUCAUGGAAGUAGACCCAGUGAUCCACUCCUUUGAUCUGGUGAGCAAGAUUAAACUCCCCAACAAUGGGAGGCUGCGUCCUGGCCAGGGGCUCCCCAAGACCGGUCUUCUGAUGAAUAUCCUGGGCAUCAUCCUCUUGAAGGGCAACCGCGCCACAGAGGAAGAUCUCUGGAAAUACCUGGGCAAGAUGAAAGUAUUUCCUGGAAGGAAGCACUCCCUCUAUGGGGAGCCGCGGAAGCUGAUUACAAUAGAUCUGGUGAGGCUCAACUACCUGGUAUAUAGACAGAUCCCCAAGAGUGAUCCUCCACGCUUUGAGUUCCUCUGGGGCCCCAAAGCCUAUGCUGAAACCAGCAAAAAGCAAGUCAUUGAGUUUCUGGCAACAAUCAUUGGCCAUGAACCCAGCGUAUUACUGGCCCAGUUCAAAGACCUUUUGAAAGAAGAAGAUAAGUAA